CCGGAAGUAGACGAAGUAGAAGUCAACAAAAUGAAAACAUACAAAUUUUAUUGAAUAAUUUGUAGACGAACAUAAUUGAAGUAAUGACAACCAGUGCAAUAAACACUUCCAAGCCAGUUCUCCAUAUUGUAGUGAUUGGCUUUCACCACAAGAAAGGCUGUCAGGUGGAUUAUGCCUUCCCACCGCUUGUCCCAGGCGGAACCGUUGACAGUCAUGAAACACCAGCAGAAUGGAAGCAUCUGCCAUCGCUUGCAAUACCUGAUGGCGCUCAUAACUACACCCAGGACAGCAUAUAUUUUCACCUACCUGGUCUCGAUGACAGGCAUAGGACAGUAUAUGGAGUGGCCUGCUACAGACAGAUCGAGACUAAGGAUUUGAAGAUAAAAACAGAUGAUAUUACAAGAAGUACUGUACAGAAAAGUGUCUGUGUGCUGAGUAAUUUGCCACUGUAUGGACUGAUCGAAGCGAAACUGGAGCUCAUUACGCAUGCCUACUUCCUGGAGCUAGAUUUCAGACAAGUCUCACUUCUAGAAGACACCUACAACAAUCUGAAUGCCUCGCUGCGAGAAUCCCUGUUGGACGGUGGGUCUCAGGUGUUCUUGGGGAUGAAUAUCAAAGAACUGGUGCAGACGUACAGACAUCGUGUUAUGACCCUCUUCAAGCUUGUUCUUCUGGAUGAGAAGGGUUUUGUACAUUGGGUAUUGUUCACUGGCUCGCCUGUUGAGAGGCUUGCAAACACCAUGUUGACCAUACUUUCAUUAUAUCCAGGCAUGAUAGAACAAGGCCUGGCAGAGUGCACGAGUUACGGAGGUGACAGAAACAUCAGCCCGACAUUGAGACACACCGGUGUGGGGGAGGAGGCAGAGGAAUUUCUGGAGAUCAGAUAUACAGGUGAUCUAAGUCCAGAUAUAAGUGGGCUGUCAGGUACAGAUUCGGUGGAGGCGGUGGAACCAGCGUCCCCCACCAUUGAUCGUGGACUGGACCAACCAAGUUUUCCUAUGAAUGCUGCAGAAUCACUAAAAAUAUCAACAACCAGUCAAGCCUUGGGAGAGUAG